CUGUGGCGCCAGGGGAAGGGCGACUUCUUCUUGGGGUGUCUCCUGAUGGCCGAGCUCAGCACCCCCUUCGUCUGCCUCGGCAAGGUCCUCAUCCUGUACCAGCGCCAGCACACGGCUCUCCACAAGCUCAACGGGGUGGCCCUGCUGGUGACCUUCCUCCUCUGCCGCAUCCUCCUCUUCCCCUACCUCUACUGGGCCUACGGGCGCCACCAGGGGCUGCCGCUGCUGGGGGUGCCCGCCGCGCUGCCCCCCGCCUACAACGCCGCCGCCGCCGCCCUCCUGGCCCCCCAGCUCUACUGGUUCGCCCUCAUCUGCCGGGGCGCAUGGCGCCUCUUCCGGGCCCCCCCCCGCCAGCCCCCCUGAGCCCUGGGGGGACCCCCACCCACCCUGGGGAGGAGGGGGGGGGGGGAGGGAAUCUACGGAGCGCCCUGAAGGCUGGGGGGGGGGCAGGUCCUGGGGUCCCUGUGGGACACCCCGGUGGUGGCGUCCCCAAGCUGCACCCGUGGGGAGCCGCAGCCCCCCCAGCCCCACGGUGGCCCCAUCCCCGGGGUGGGGGGUCCCUGUCCCCCCCCCCGGCGCAGCAGCUGGACCCACAUUAAAGGACCUUGUGGA